AUGGAUGAUAUCAUCUGUUGUUCAUCUACGUGGGAAGGACACAUCGACCUGCUAGAGAAAACUUUUGAAGCUCUCAAAGCAGCUGGACUCACUUUGAAACCUUCGAAGGUGCAGUUCGGGCCGAAAGAAGUAAAGUAUUUGGGGCAUGUCCUCUCAUCAGAUGGCAUUCGCUUAGGUGAUGAUCGAAUCAAAGCAAUCUUGGACCUACCGACACCUAAAACUAUCAAAGAGUUACGGUCAGUGCUAGGAACGGUGAACUAUGUCAAGCGAUUUAUCCCAGACUUAGCAACCAUUACCGCACCGUUGGUGGACCUAACCAAGAAAGACGCAGUGAAACAUGUGGCAAGACGUUGGGGUCCGGAACAUGACCAGGCAUUUGCUGAAGUGAAGAAUCUUCUCACCAAAGCACCUGUGUUGCAUUUCCCGGAUUUUUCUAAAGAGUUUGUGGUUCACGUCGACGCAUCUGAAGCAGGAGCAGGAGCAUUCCUGGCGCAACAGAAUGGAGACGACUUGAAUAUCAUAGCGUACUUUAGUCAACGCUUCAACAAGAGUCAGCAACACUACUCAGCCACCAUGAAAGAAUGUUACGCCGUUGUACUAGCAAUACAACACUGGCGACCCUACUUGUGGGGAAAACAUUUCACCUGUGUAACCGAUCACGCCGCGUUGCGAUACCUCUACACAAUGCAAGACACGUCAAAUAUGCUCACCCGUUGGAGUAUUGGAUUACAAUCCUUUGAUUUCACGGACCGCUUAACGCAUAGUCUGGCGCCGAUCUGUCGCAACGUCCCAGACGAUCCCAAGCUUCACACGAGCAUUCCAAGCAGACCUUUCCAAGUGUCACCAAACAAGUUAGACUCAGUCCAACCUGUCCUCAGCGACAGAGAGUUGUUCAAUGUCGAGCCAAACUUUGUGAGUGCCGCCGAAGUUUUUCAGUCUGUAGAUCACGAUAUGUUAUGCAAAGCUCAAGCCAAAGAAUACGGGGACUAUAUCCAGUACAUUUUGGACGAGGAAGCACCGCUACCGCAAACUGAAACGGCAACUACAAUGUCGUACUAUUCUAUACAGAACGGGUUGCUAUUUAAGUCGUACCUGCCCGGUCACCUCCGGAAACGUAGCACGUUCCAUGAUCAGUUAGUGUUGCCUCAAGACCUUACCGGCUUGGUAAUGCACGCCUAUCAUGAUCAUGCACUUUCUGGGGGUCACUUAGCAGAUCGACCAACAUACGCAAAGAUCCGACAAAAGUAUUGGUGGCCGACGAUGGCUCGCGAUAUCCGCAAUUGGUGCCGUAAGUGCCAAGCGUGCCAACGCCGCAAAACACCACACCGACGACCAAAACUACCAACCGGGCAUCUACCUGUCCAACGACCGUUUGAACGGAUAUCGGUUGACUUAGUAGAGUACAAAACAAUCUCUAUGUCAGCAGUUGGGGCGCCGUGCAAGUAUGUUCUAUCCAUGAUGGACCACUUGACCCGUUACGCCAUCCUAACACCGAUUCCAAACAAGACGGCUGAGACAGUAGCUAAAGUGAUCAUAGAUCGAAUUAUAAGCACAUUCGGACCACCGGAAAUGUUGCAUUCUGAUCAAGGCACUGAGUUUGAGAACAAGGUCAUUCACCAGUUGCAAACGAUUCUAGGAUACAAGAAGACCUGCACGACGCCAUACCGUCCGCAAGGGAAUUCUGUAUCUGAACGUGUGCACUCGACGAUGCAUUCAAUGCUCGCGAUGCACAGCUCAAUGGGUCGAGACAACUGGGCGGAGCUUUUACCAAUGGUACAGCUAGCGUACAACACAUCGUUUAGCGCUACAAUGCACGAGACUCCGUACUUCUUGAUGUUUGGGCGUCAAGCACGACUACCAGUCGAUGUAAUUCUCGGAAUUCCGCACGUGGGACCAACCAUGGAUACCGAAGAAAUUGCCCAAAACACAAGAGACAAUCUACAAAUUGCUUUUGAAUUAGCGCGCAGGAAUCUCACCGAACGUG